AUGGAUUGUGACAUCGAGAAUUUAGUCAAGAAUUGUCGAGAUUGUCAAAGGAUCCGACCAGAAUCAAAGAAAGUCAUCGUACAUCAUUGGAUGAGACCAAAUGAACCAUUCGAACGAGUGCAUGCCGAUUUUGCCGGCCCAAUCAUGGGUAAAUAUUUGUUCAUUUUGGUUGAUGCAUACACGAAAUGGCCCGAAGUGCGAGUCAUACCGAAUAUUACGGCCGAAACAACCAUUGCGGUGUGUCGAGACAUUUUUGCUACGUUUGGCAUACCAAAAUAUUUCGUCAGUGACUGGGGAACGCAAUUUGUAUCUGGUGAUUUUCAAGCAUUUCUCAAAGUCAAUGGGGUGGAACAUCGGAAAGGAGCACCAUACCACCCAGCUACAAAUGGACAAGCAGAGCGGUACGUACAAACGUUUAAGAAUAAAAUCAAAACAUUGAAAUGCUCAAGAAACGAUUUGAAGAAAAACAUUGCAAACAUUUUGUUGGCGUAUCGUCGUGCAAUUCACCCAGCCACGGGCAAAUCACCUUCAAUGUUAAUGUUUGGACGUCAAAUGAAGAAUCGUUUAGAUUUGAUGCUGCCAAAUGAACACAAACAAGAAGAAGAACACGUGAACAUCGGAAAGAAUUUCAACCAAAACGAUCGAGUCGCUGUUCGUGAUUAUUUGUCGAAUGAAAAAUGGAAAUUUGGCACAGUUUCGCAAAAAUUUGGCAAAUUACAUUACGAAGUUCAAUUGGAGGAUGGUCGUAACUGGAAGCGACACGUCGAUCAAAUGCGUAAAGUCGGAGACGAAAUCAUUUCGAAACAAUCAAACGUUCCAAGUGUUUCGAAUGAACCAACGAAAACACCAACUCAAAUUUCCGACAAUGUCGAAACUUCUAUGCAAGCACAAUCGUGUGUCAAUGGACCAACACACAAUCAACCUACAUUCAUCGCUGAGGAGCCAUCGAAGGAGUCACUACCAUGCAAUUCUAAUUUACCGAGUCCGUCGAUGCCGUCUGCUGAGGUUAUGAACGACAAAGGAGUUCCAUCGCACAACGAGAGUGAACGAGUAAUGAGAAAAUCAACCAGAGUUCGACGACCCCCAGAGCGGUUGCAAUACCACUGA